AUGAACUCUCUAGGGGCACCUGGUGGCGGGAAACCCCAUGCGACAGAGGAGCAGACUAUGAGGACCAAAGGGAGGUACCUUCACAAUCUGAUAGCGAAUCCUACAGACCCCGUCGAAGCCGCUAAGGCAGCAGCAAUGUCUGUCGCUCGUGGGACAGGCCCCGAGACAGUGGAGGAGCGUCUGGCACUGGACGGCCACUCUUCUCAAUUGCCGUCUGAGGCGGCCAUAGGACAGCUCGUACACGUUAUAACGUCGAGCAAGCCCACGACACUGCGCCAAAAGUGGUCUUCACAAGGGCUGCUUGACCUCGCUUGUGGCAACAUCUUCACGAGCUCUCUGCUAAUCAACUACGCCAAGUUGAGAGGGAUAGAGCUCGUCAGCAUUAUACGGGAACUGAAAGAGGCUGCGGCUACUGUCUCAACCACUGGUUGGGCACCCUCGAUGGUGGAGCAUGUCAGAGAGCUCAUGAAGUUAUCCACGAUUAAGAAGCUGGACAUGAACUAUGUCGGUUUCUUCUGCUGCACUCUGGGCCUCAUGGACAUGCUGGAGUCCCAUCAAAUGGUAAGGCGGUGCCUUGGUGCUUUGCGAACAGCUCACGCAGUAGCACACAUCCUUAUCGUUGGAGGGGUUCACGUGCAAGACUAG